UUGUUGUAGUCACAGGUUCUAUUGCUCAAUUUCGCAUUCUAUUUCCGUUUCUCUCUCUCGAUAUUUCAAUUCUGUUUGGAUGUAACAACCACUGCGAAUCUCAUUUCAGAACUUCACCGAUAGUUUCCAUUUUAGGGUUUUAGUGAAUCUGCUGUUCAAUUGCCUUACGCUUGUUGUUUGGAUUCAACGGACAAUGCUAUGCGAUUCAGCAAUGCUAUUUUGCUUCAUUUGAUCGGUAAUGUUGGGGAUUUGAUUUUUCUUUUAUAUCGUUUUUAAUUAGUUGAAAUUGAAUGGGUAAUGUUGAAAUACCCAAUUGGCUAGAAGGGUUGCCUUUGGCACCGGAGUUUCGGCCUACUGAUACCGAAUUCGCCGACCCGAUCGCUUACAUAUCGAAAAUCGAGAAGGAAGCUAGUGCUUUUGGUAUUUGCAAGAUUAUACCGCCAUUGCCAAAACCAUCUAAGAAAUAUGUUUUUAGCAACUUGAAUAAGUCGCUCUCCAAGUGCCCUGAAUUGGGUUCUGUCGAGAAUUUGUCGAAUGAUUGUCCCUCCUCGUCGAAAACGGGUUCCCUUGAUGGGAGUAAUGAUGGGGAGGUUAGAGCAGUGUUCACCACUAGGCACCAAGAGUUGGGUCAGAGUGUGAGAAAAACAAAAGGGGGUGUUCAAAAUCCGCCUUUGGGUGUUCAGAAGCAAGUAUGGCAAAGUGGGGAGAUAUAUACUUUGGAGCAGUUUGAAUCCAAGUCCAAGGCUUUUGCUAAAAGCCAAUUGGGAAUGAUUAAGGAGGUUUCACCAUUGGUUGUAGAGGCAAUAUUUUGGAAGGCGGCUUGUGAGAAGCCUAUAUAUUUAGAGUAUGCAAAUGAUGUGCCUGGCUCUGGCUUUGGAGAACCGGAGGGGCAAUUCCGCUAUUUCCAUAGACGUAGGAGAAAGAGGAACUUUUACCGGCGAAGCAGAGAUAACUCUAGUUGCAAGAGAGAUGAAAUGGUUAGCGAUAGGAUAGCUGUUUCAAAAACCAAUGAUGUUAAAGAUUCUGCCCCUAAGAAUGAUUCUGAUUCAUUUGUAGAUGUAUCCAAACCACCUACUUCUCUACCAGUAUUGCCUUGUAAUGAAACUCCACAAUCGUCUAAGAAAAAGAGUCAAAAUUCUUGUCAUGAUAAGGAAGGCACUGCGGGUUGGAAGCUCUCAAACAGUCCUUGGAACUUGCAAGUGAUUUCACGUUCACCCGGCUCCCUUACUCGUUUCAUGCCGGAUGAUAUUCCGGGUGUUACUUCUCCUAUGGUGUACAUUGGCAUGUUAUUCAGUUGGUUUGCAUGGCAUGUUGAAGAUCAUGAGCUUCACAGCAUGAAUUUUCUUCACUCUGGAUCUUCAAAGACUUGGUAUUCUGUCCCCGGAGAUUAUGCAUUUACUUUUGAGGAAGUUGUGCGUUCUGAGGCCUAUGGUGGUAAUAUUGACCGCUUAGCUGCACUCGCAUUGUUGGGCGAAAAGACUACGCUAAUGUCCCCUGAGGUGGUUGUUGCAUCAGGAAUACCAUGCUGCAGGUUGGUACAGAACCCUGGUGAAUUUGUUGUGACUUUUCCAAGGGCUUACCAUGUAGGAUUCAGCCACGGGUUUAAUUGUGGGGAAGCUGCUAACUUUGGAACACCACAGUGGCUCAAAGUGGCUAAAGAAGCUGCAGUACGUAGAGCUGCUAUGAAUUAUCUUCCUAUGCUUUCCCACCAGCAGUUGCUAUACCUUUUGACCAUGUCUUUCGUGUCAAGAGUGCCAAGAUCCUUACUACCCGGUGUGCGGAGUUCACGACUUAGGGAUCGCCAGAAGGAAGAAAGAGAGUUACUAGUAAAGCAGGCAUUUAUUGAAGAUAUUUUGCAUGAAAACAAAACACUAUCUGUGCUUCUCGGAAAAGAUUCAAGCUAUCAUGCUAUACUAUGGAAUCCUGAUUUAUUGACAUAUCCGAGCAAAGAGUCCUUAUCACCCAUUGCAGGUGCUACUGAUAGUACGCCAGCAACAGAAAAUCCUCAAAAACACAACGGCGAGCAGCACUAUCUUGUUAAUGAGAUGAGCUUGUAUAUGGAGAAUAUGAACGAUUUGUAUUUCGAUUGUGAUGAUUUAUCAUGUGACUUUCAAGUUGAUUCAGGGACGUUGGCAUGCGUAGCUUGUGGAAUCCUUGGUUUUCCGUUUAUGUCUGUGGUGCAGCCAUCUCAGAAAGCCUCAGAGGAACUUCUCCAUAAUGAGCAUGCUUUGGUUCAAGAAUGCCAAGGAAUAUCGGGAUAUUUGAAUUCUUGUUCCUUUCAAGACCUCGAUGCUUCUAAUAAGUGUUAUGUAGCAGAGAAUCCUCCUACUGUUUCUAAUUCGUCAUUGAUGGUGGAUCUUCCAUUGCCUUCAACAAUCAUGUCUAAGAAUGGUUGGAAUGCUAAUAAUAAGUCACUUAGACCACGUAGUUUCUGCCUGGAGCAUGCUGUUGAAAUUGUGGAGCUUUUGCAGAGUAAAGGGGGAGCGAAUGUGAUUGUAAUUUGUCAUUCUGACUAUCAGAAAAUAAAGGCACAUGCUACCACCAUUGCAGAGGAAAUUGGUAGUCCUUUUAAUUAUAGUGAAGUGCCACUAGAUAUUGCAUCGAAGGACGAUCUGAACUUGAUAGAUCUUGCAAUUGACAACGAAGAACAUGAUGAAUGUGGUGAAGACUGGACAUCAAAAUUGGGGAUAAAUUUACGGCACUGUGUCAAGAUAAGAAAGAAUUCUCCUUCUAAGCAAGUUCAGCAUGCUUUAACUUUGGGUGGCCUGUUUUCUGAUAAAUGUCCCAGUGUGGAUUUCUUAACCAUCAAAUGGCAGUUGAGGCGGUCUCGUUCGAAAAAGAUCUGUCUGCCAGACCAUUUUAAACCAUGUGAUACCAUUCAAUUAAAGAAUGAUGUAGCAAUGGGAGAAAGGUCUCUCUCUGUCAAAAAAGAGAAAAAACUAAUUCAAUAUUCAAGAAGGAACUUUAAGAAAAAACCAGGUGGUUCGACAGGAACUCCUAAGGUGUGUGUAACCGGUGCUUCUCUUGGUGAUCUUGAUGAACAUAACAGAAUAGUGUCUGAAAAUAACAUUCAAAAUGACGGGAAUUCCACAGGCUUUGACGUUUCCCCUUCAUAUGAGAAUGAAAUCCAGAUGCUUGAAGCAACUGAGGAUGAGAACUCGAAAGAUGGUGUUGCAUGUGUUGAGACACAAAUUAAGAAUCACGUUUUGGAGGACACGAAUACAGGUCAUUUUGCAGCACUGGAUGAUUCUGAGAUGGAAGAUGAGCCCAAUGUUGAGACCCAAAAGGUCAGCAGCACUGAUGAACUCAGGGAAGAACAAUAUGCUUCCCCAUUUGUCAAUGAUACACAGAAAAGCUUUCAAGCACAUGAAGAGAAGCAAAUAGUGGGACAAUUCAACAGAGUCAAUGAGGUGUGUAGUCUUGUCUCCGAAAGGCACUCUGAGGUCCAGGUUGACAAGGAUGUUUUGGACAAUACGGUGUCCAAGUUUUCUAAGAUGUCUUGCUCACAUGUUGACCCCUGUGACGAAAACUUUGAGGGACAGAGAGCGAAUGCAACCGUGGACAAGGGUUGCAAAUGUGAUGAAGUUUGUGAUUCCCUUCCUGUGGAAGCACAAGGAGUGCACGCUACUGGAAAUAAAGACAAGAAAGAAUUUCCAUGUAAUUCUACAGCCAUAAAGGAUCAGGAACAAUGCUGUGAAGGUCCAAGGCAGAGCUGUUCUGCAGGAGACUCCAGUAAUCACAUAUCACUAGAAGUAAAACCACCGCAAGAAAUCAGAACUGUAAUAAACGAACACUCUCUUGUCUCAAUAGAAGAAAUUUAUGAAGUUCCAAAGGAGACCUGUUCUACCGAAGGCCUUGGCAAUUACGCUUGUUUAGAAGUUAAACCAGAGCAAGAAAUCAAAACCACCAUAACUGAGGUUGUUUCUGCAUCAAUAGAAAAAAUCUCUGAAAUUCCAAGUGAUGUCUCUGCUGCCUUAAAAUUAUGCUACAGUUUGACGUCAGAUGAGGAAUUGCAGCAAAAACUUGAAUCUGCUGCUGGGAGUAGUGAGGAACUUGCUUCAAGUUCUGUGACACAAACGGAAGCCCAUCAUCCUUGUGUCUCAGCAGAGGAAUACUCUAAUGUUCCGAGGGGAAUCUCAAGGGAAGAAGACUCAGGCAAUGAUGUGACUUCAGACAAUGGUUCUCGGCGGGAAACCUUGAUGGAAAAUCCAGAUCAGGGUUUGGUCUCUAAUCUUGCUAUACAAGCAAGAAAUCAGCCCAUACCUGUAAAUGUGGAAGAAUUUGAAGUUACAAACCAUGCUAAAGAUCAUCUGGGUGAUAAUCUGACUUUCAACAAUAACAGAGAGAGGGAAAUUCAAUCCAUGAACGAUGAAGAGAAAACUGAUUUGCCAACUGCUAUCCCGUUCCAAAAAUAUUAUAGAGUCAAAAGAGAUUCUCGUUCUACAGAGGACUUGUGCAUCGGCAGUGAAGUUUGCUCACCACAGGAUGAUAGAGAGCUGGAGAUUAUCGACUCAAACAUGGGGAAAGCAAGAAAAAGAAAGAGAGAAUUAGAGCAACUAACAGAAAGCAAGUUUAGUUGCAAUGGCUUCAUUCGGAGUCCAUGUGAAGGAUUAAGACCAAGGACUGGAAAGGAUGCAGCAACAAGCAGCAGUGGAAUCGACAUUGAUGGAGAGGUCAAGGAAAAGCCUGCAACUAAAGUAAAGAAGUCUACAAAUGCUCGAGGUCCUACCAAGGAUAAGAAAGAAAACUCAAGGAAGUCUCACAAGUGCGACAUAGAUGGCUGCCGUAUGAGUUUUGACACAAAGGCUGAGCUAAAUGUGCACAAACGCAACCGCUGCCCGCACGAAGGGUGUGGGAAGAGGUUUAGCUCCCACAAAUAUGCAAUGAUUCAUCACCGCGUGCAUGAUGACCAGAGGCCCCUCAAGUGCCCAUGGAAAGGUUGCUCCAUGUCAUUCAAGUGGGCAUGGGCAAGGACGGAGCAUAUACGUGUGCACACUGGAGAGCGACCAUACCAGUGCAAGAUUGAGGGCUGUGGCCUUUCUUUCAGGUUCGUAUCCGAUUUUAGCCGGCAUAGACGGAAAACAGGGCAUUAUGUAAACUAACGUGCCUCAAAAUUUGUUGUUUUGGUUUGGGCUGGUUCUGUGAUAUGUUGUAAAGGAAAUGGGGUGACUCACAAAUUCUUGAUUCAGGUUUAGAUUAGGGAGAGAUUUAACUUUUUGUAGGUGUCAUUUUCCAUUCCCCAUUUGUUUCAACGCACCAAUAGUUGAAAGCCCUUUUCUGGUGAGUUACCCUUGAUUGCUCUUUAUUUGAGCUUUCUAUCAAGUGUACAACCUUUGGCCAUGGCCACAACCAUUCUAUCAAGUGUUCUAGCUACAAGUGAUGGUGCCUUUUUAAUUACUA